GAUGAAAAUAGCACAGCUCGUACACUCGCCCCGAACAAAAAAGAACUCUGUUUUUCGUGUGUCUCGUAUGUUCGUAACAAUGUUCAAACAGAACGUUUGCUAAAACCAUUGCAAAUUAAACUCCGAACAAGAUAUAAAAAUAAAUAAAAACGAAAGAGGGAAAUGCCACAAAACAGAUUGUACGACGUGCAUCAAUCAGUCGCUAUAUUUUUAUUGCGGAAGAUAUAAAAUAUAUCUGAGAGCUGGAAGCGCCAGUAUCAUUUUUUUUCUUCCUUUUCUUAUUUAUUUAGGUUUUCGUAGGAUUUUUUUUUUAUUAUUUCGAAACCGAGAACUGAGCUUGAAAAAUCACUUCUCUCCGUUGAUGAUAGCCAACAAAGUGUGUGUGAAAAAUGUCUUAAUAGAAUACACGUUCAAAUGCUAAUAAGUGAAAUGUUUCCUAUGGGGCAAAGAAAAUAAAGUUUUGCUUUUGUUGGGAUUUUUUUCAAUUGUGGUGUUAAAAAUAGAAAGCAAAAAAAAAGAUAAGAAAAAAAAUGUUUUUGAGUAUAAAGUAAAAAAAAAAGUGAAAGUGAGAAAAUCGACACUUGUUCUUUUUGGGGUUUUGUUUUCUUUUCCCCGCACGCUAUAUACAAACACCUUCAUUCUGCGUACGAUAAAUUUGAUUUGUACUCGAUCAGAUUUUUCCAGUUAGUGUGGAUUCGCAUACAAAACGGCGUUAAACAAACGAAAUAUAAAAAGUAUAUAAAAAACGUAAAAAAAGACGGGCAAACAUUCCCGGUAGACAAAUAGAAAGUAAAAUAAAAAAAUACUAAGAAAAUAUAUAUAAAUAAAGGAACGCACAUUAAUUUCGGAUUAUAUUGGAUAAAAUAAAUAUUUUGCAGUCAAAACGAAAAUCUUGAAAUAUUGAGGAUUAUUCGUCUCUAUUUGGAUAUAGGAUAUUAUCUGGGACAUAUUCAAACGGAAACGAAUCCUGCGUCCUGUUAUGAAGUCAUGAUUGUCAUCCAGACGUCGUUAUGGCAAGGAAAAAGGACCGCCAUAAACCAAAUGAAAAGAAGAAAAACGUGAUAGGCCAUGGACUUCAAAUCCAGAUCGAAAAGCAGCCAAAAAUACAGCAACAAUCCGAACAACGAUAGACUUUCAUGGACUAUAUCAUUCGUUCUGCUCACAUCAAUCAUUACCGUACGAUCAACGCUUGCCGAUUGUCCGCGCCUAUGUGAAUGUAAAUGGAAAAGUGGUAAAGAAUCCGUACUGUGCCUUAACGCAAAUUUAUCCGGAAUACCAUUGGACCUGGACGCUGGCACUCAGGUGCUGGAUCUCACCGGAAACGAAGUGAGCUCGAUACCGCACGAUACAUUUAGUCGGGCCAAUUUAAUUAAUUUACAAAGACUAUUCAUUGCCAAAUGUCGAUUGAAGAAUAUUGAACGUUUCGCAUUUAGAAAAUUGAUCAAUUUAGUGGAAAUCGAUUUGAGCUACAAUAUGCUCACCAUGAUUCCUUCGCAUGCUUUCGAUUCGACACCCGAAUUACGAGAUCUGAGAAUUGUUAACAAUCCAAUAAAACGGAUAGCAAACGAUGCUUUUAUACACGUGCCUCAGUUGGUUCGAUUGGACCUGUCCGAUUGUCUAAUUGCGACACUGGAAGCCCGGGCUUUCGCCGGUUUGGAAUCAUCGCUGGAAUGGUUGAAGCUGGAUAGAAAUCGGUUGAUUGAUGUGAAUGCGGUAACGCUUACGUCUCUUCAAAAUUUGCACGGAUUGGAGCUGGCGGGCAAUCCGUGGAAUUGUUCGUGCAGUUUGAGACCGUUAAGGGAAUGGAUGAUAAAGGACAAUAUCCCGUACGAUGUACCACCGAUUUGCACCUAUCCAACGAGAUUGAAAGCCAAGUCAUGGGAUAAAAUCGACUUGGACGAUUUUGCUUGCAUUCCACAUAUUUUGGCGUCAGAUAUAAAAGCUCAUGGUAUGGAAGGGCGAAACAUUACGAUGAGCUGUGUCGUUGGCGGCGUUCCGGAGCCGAACGUUCGAUGGAUGCUUAGAAAUAGAAUAAUUGCAAAUUUAACGGGAAAUUCAGCAUUUCCCGCAGCUCAAGGACGAAAAAUGUAUUUAGCGAAUCUACAGCAAAACGAAAGCAAUCUGACAAUUUUAACGGCUGAAGUUCAGGAUGCUGGCAUUUAUACUUGCGCCGCCGAAAAUAAGGCUGGUCUUGUGGAGGCAAGUGUCACAUUGGCAAUAUCGAGAAAACCACCAGACGGACCGCUAAGUGCUAAAGUGUUGAUUGCAAGUGUGGUCGUUGCAGCUCUAUUCGUUAUAGCUUCGUCCUUGGCAGUAAUUUGCGUGUGCUCGCUUCGGAAACGUCGCAAAAUGGGUCGUUGGAAUACGCCACGUCGUACCGAAAGCUACGAAAAGAUCGAAAUGAACCAUAAACCGAUGGUUGGUCGUGGCUACAAAAGUCCACGAAGUGACGGUAACAGUUUUAUGAAACCGUAUGGUGAGAAUGGCAUAUCAGUGGUCGGUCAAAGUGUUCGACGGAAUGGAGACUAUAGAACGGUACCCAGCGAAGACGAUGGGACUGGAUAUGAGGAUAAUAUUUGCGAAAGCACGAACACCACGUUGAGUAACACGCGAAGAGACCAUGCGACUAAAUGGAAGGGAGCGGCUGCAUUGUCAAAGAGUCCAAAUUGUGAUACAUGGCGAGAGGAAAGCUUGAAGAAUUCGCCUAGGGGAGAGGAAACAGACUUGCACAUUCCGCGAUUGAUCGAAUUCAGUGACGCUACGCCAGACUCUGGGCCCAGUUCACUCACUGGACAAUAUGAUCAAAUACCAAAGACUUCCGCAUCCUCAUCGGUGAACUCAUCGGCACCAAUAACCAGUUACAUCAAACCGAACUGGUCUCAGCAUAUAAUGCGCAAGCAAACAUCGGGCAACAAUAACAAUGGCAACAAUGUCUACACUUCUGACUCUUCUGGUCAACCCGCGAAAAACCCAUUGAGUGAUAAUCGAAGUCCUGAUAGUGAUUGUGAUAACGAUAGAAAGUAUCCCGAUUUGUUAGAUAUUUCUAGUCUAAGUAAUUCGAAUGUUGCUAAUGCAAAUGUUAAAACGAGUUCCGGCGCCGGUUCGUCGUUUAGUACACUACCCCGUAAAAAGCACAGUUUAGGCAGAUACAUGAAAGCGGUUUCCGAGAGUCAGUCACCACUUCUGCAAGAUUCUAGUCGAUACGGUAGCAGCAGUUUCUGCGGCGACAGUACCGACCACAUCAAUCGUCGUCUUUCGGUCGAUUCAUAUUCGAACAAUUACUCGCAACAUUCAUCCAACAACAAUGAUCCGAGUCGUGCGAAUAGCUUUUUAAAUUUAGUUUCACCCAUGAACGGCAAACAGCAUCGACGAAAUCCUAGCCUACCAUCGUCACCGCUAAAAGAUUCCCAAAAACCAUUCAGUCCGGCUGCAACACCACUGCUCGACUUUUCGUCCCUUCAAUCGCGCAACGCCAUUAUCGCAACGCCCAGCCCAUCAACAUCCACCACCACUGCCAGUGCAUACGACUAUCAUGCCGCCCAAUUGGAGCGCUUCCUCGAAGAGUAUCGCAAUUUGCAGGAACAAUUGUGCAAAAUGAAGGAGACAUGCGAUAGUAUACGAAAGAAGGAGCAACCACAUCGCAGCAGUACAUUGGGUCAAUCGGCCAAAUUUGCCGAUCCGGUUAUGUACACAGCGGCUGCACUGUCCGGUACGAGUAGCACGUUGGCCGACGAUGCAACAACGAAUGUGAAGGGAAUGUUGCGAAAUAAAACGUUGAUACCGGGUCAGCCGCCCGAUCCGCCACCGUAUUGGUUGCAUCGUAAUGCCAUUUUGAAGCGACUCCAAGAUCCUAGCAAUGAAUUCUUUCAGAGCUGAAAACAUUGAUUCAGUUGAAAGAAACGAGUGAUUAGAGUGACGAUUUGAAAUUUUGCUAAUUUAAAAGGCAAAUUUCAAGAUGGAAAAGAAAAU